CACACUGACUUAAGGUGAGCACCAAAAACUUCCUCUGCACUUUGCUGUCAUCUGUUUCAAACUGCUGGAGAGUUCUGAUAGCAUCUCAACUCAGGAGCUCUGUGCAAGUGAAGAAGAUUCUUUUAACUAUAAAGAUGAAGAGUCUACUUUUUCUGGUGCUGAUUUCUGUCUGCUGGGCUGAACCUCACUCUGACAACUCAAGUCUGGGUCAUGAAAGAAUUGUUCACAUUCAAGAAGAUGGACCCCGUCUACUUGUGGUAGCAGAGCAAGCUAAAAUCUUCUCCCGCCGGGGUGGCAAUGUCACACUGCCAUGUAAAUUUUACCAUGAACACACAUCAACGGCUGGCUCAGGAACCCACAAGAUCCGGAUCAAGUGGACCAAACUCACCUCAGAUUACCUCAAAGAAGUGGAUGUCUUUGUUGCAAUGGGACACCACAGAAAGAGCUAUGGAAACUACCAGGGCAGAGUGUUGCUGAGGGAAAGCAGUGAGAAUGAUGCCUCUCUUAUAAUUACAAAUAUAAUACUGGAGGAUUACGGGAGAUAUAAGUGCGAAGUGAUUGAAGGAUUAGAAGAUGACACAGCAGUGGUAGCUCUGAAUCUGGAAGGCGUUGUAUUCCCUUACUCUCCACGGCUGGGUCGUUACAACUUAAACUUCCAUGAGGCUCAGCUAGCCUGCCUGGACCAAGACUCUGUUAUCGCCUCCUUUGACCAGCUCUACGAUGCCUGGAGGUCAGGGCUGGACUGGUGUAAUGCGGGCUGGCUCAGUGAUGGCUCCGUGCAGUACCCCAUCACCAAGCCCAGGGAGCCCUGCGGAGGGAAGAACACAGUGCCUGGGGUCAGGAAUUACGGGUUCUGGGAUAAAGAUAAAAGCCGAUAUGAUGUCUUCUGUUUUACUUCAAACUUCAAUGGUCGUUUUUACUACCUAAUUCACCCAACCAAGCUGACCUAUGACGAAGCAGUUCAGGCAUGUUUGAAGGAUGGAGCUCAGAUUGCCAAAGUUGGCCAGAUCUUUGCUGCCUGGAAGCUCUUGGGUUAUGAUCGUUGCGAUGCUGGCUGGCUGGCUGAUGGCAGUGUUCGCUACCCCAUCUCCAGGCCAAGGAAACGCUGCAGUCCUAACGAAGCAGCCGUUCGCUUUGUAGGCUUCCCUGAUAAAAAGCACAGGCUAUAUGGUGUCUACUGCUUCAGAGCAUACAAUUGAAAAUACCUAGAGCACAAAUGUCUUAAAUUCAUUAAGAACAUGUGAAAAAUUUCUUUUCAAUAUGAACUCAUGAAAGUUACCAAAACUGUGAUAAACCUUUUUUGCUUACUAUAUGAGUCUUUUUCAUAAACCCAAACCAUUAUUUUUUGCUUUAUUUUGGGGUUUUUUUAGUAUUUUUGUAAAAGUACCAUUCCAUAGAUAUUUAAAAUUAAUAUAAUUUAAUGGAAGUUCUAGGUAAGGAAGUUUUAGAGCCAGAUUCUUUCAGCUACAUCAGCCCAACAAAGUACACUUUUCAUGGAUGGGGCAGGCAAUAGAGCUUGAUGAUUGCUAGGGCACAAUUAUGGAAUGUAAGGCUACUCAAAGCAGAAUUUUUAAAAGCACAGAUUUUACACAUUUGUACCAGUUUGAGAAACAUUGCAAAUUAAUUAUAACAUGAAUUUUGAAAUAAGAUAAUCUUUUUUGUUAAAGGGGAUAAGUGAGGUUUUGCAAAAA